AUGGGAUUUUUAGACAAGGUUAAGGACAUUGCCAGUGGCAGUGGUAGCAGUGGUAGUGAUAAUGGUAGUAGGGAUGCUUCCGGCGAGAAGAGUGACUUUCUUUCCAAGGCUGAAGGGGCCUUGGGCCAAGAUCGUAUGGAUCAGAUCAGAAAUAAGGUUGGCGAGAACAACUUCAACAAGUUCGAGACGGAAGUGAGAAAACAAUUUGCCGGCACGUCCAUCAACGACAAGAAAAAGACUUCGAGUGACGACUCCUACGGCAGCAACAAGAACAGUAGUGCGUACGGCCAAGGCUCCAGCAAUGAUGAUUCCUAUGGGGGCAGUAGCAACAACAACGCUGAUUCAUACGGCACCAACAGUGGUAAGAACAAUUCUUACGGCCAGAGUUCUUACGAUGACGAUUCCUAUGGAAGCAACAACGACAACAAUGCUGGUUCUUAUGGCCAAGGCUCUAACAACGAUUUUUACGGCAACAGUAGCAGUAAGAAGAAUGAUUCAUACGGACAGAGUUCUUAUGAUAACGAUUCUUAUGGAGGUAAGAGCAGCAGCAAGAAGAACGAUUCUUACGGCCAAAGCUCUUACGGUGACGAUUCCUACGGUAACAGUAGCGGCAAGAAGAGCGAUUCUUACGGCCAAAGCUCUUACGGUGACGAUUCCUAUGGUAACAGUAGCAGCAAGAAGAACGACUCCUACGGCCAAGGGUCUACCAACGAUUCCUACGGAAACAGCAGCGGUAAGAAGAACGACUCGUAUGGUCAAAGUUCUUAUGAUGACGAUUCCUACGGUAACAGCAGUAGCAAGAAGAACGACUCCUACGACAACAGUAGCAGCAAGAAGAACGACUCCUACGGAAACAGCAGCAGUAAGAAGAACGACUCGUAUGGUCAAAGUUCUUAUGAUGACGACUCCUACGGAAACAGCAGCAGUAAGAAGAACGACUCGUAUGGUCAAAGUUCUUAUGAUGACGAUUCCUAUGGAGGUAAGAGCAGCAGCAAGAAGAACGAUUCUUACGGCCAGAGCUCUUACGAUGACGAUUCUUACGGUAAGAGCAGCAGCAAGAAGAACGAUUCUUACGGCCAGAGCUCUUACGGUGACGAUUCCUACGGUAACAGUAGCGGCAAGAAGAGCGAUUCUUACGGCCAAAGCUCUUACGGUGACGAUUCCUAUGGUAACAGUAGCAGCAAGAAGAACGACUCCUACGGCCAAGGGUCUACCAACGAUUCCUACGGAAACAGCAGCGGUAAGAAGAACGACUCGUAUGGUCAAAGUUCUUAUGAUGACGAUUCCUACGGUAACAGCAGUAGCAAGAAGAACGACUCCUACGGCCAAGGGUCUACCAACGAUUCCUACGGAAACAGCAGCGGUAAGAAGAACGACUCGUAUGGUCAAAGUUCUUAUGAUGACGAUUCCUACGGUAACAGCAGUAGCAAGAAGAACGACUCCUACGACAACAGUAGCAGCAAGAAGAACGACUCCUACGGAAACAGCAGCAGUAAGAAGAACGACUCGUAUGGUCAAAGUUCUUAUGAUGACGACUCCUACGGAAACAGCAGCAGUAAGAAGAACGACUCGUAUGGUCAAAGUUCUUAUGAUGACGAUUCCUAUGGAGGUAAGAGCAGCAGCAAGAAGAACGAUUCUUACGGCCAGAGCUCUUACGAUGACGAUUCUUACGGUAAGAGCAGCAGCAAGAAGAACGAUUCUUACGGCCAGAGCUCUUACGAUGACGAUUCUUACGGUAAGAGCAGCAGCAAGAAGGACGACUCUUACGGCCAGAGCUCUUACGAUGACGAUUCUUACGGUAAGAGCAGCAGCAAGAAGGACGACUCCUACGGUCAAGGCUCUACCAACGAUUCCUACGGGAACAGCAGCAGUAAGAAGAAUGACUCAUAUGGUCGGAGCUCUUACAACGAUGACUCCUACGGAAACAGUAACAGUAAGAAGAACGAUUCGUAUGGUCAGAGCUCUUACGAUGACAAUUCCUACGGCAACAGUAGCAGCAAGAAGAACGACUCCUACGGCAACAGCAGUAGUAAGAAGAGUGACUCCUAUGGCCAAGGCUCUUACAAUGACGAUUCCUACGGAAACAACAGCAGCGGGUCGUAUGGACGCGAUUCAACCAACAAGCAGUCUUACGGACAAAGCUCUUACGGUCAAGAUUCGUCCAAUCAGCAAUCUUACGGACAGAGCUCUUAUGGCCAAGAUUCUUCCAACCAGCAAUCUUACGGCCAAAACUCCUACAACGACAACUCGUAUGGGAGCAACAACAAUGAUUCUUACGGCCAGAGUUCCUAUGGUAAUCAGAAUUCCAGCAAUUCUUACGGGGGAAACAACUCCUACAAUUGA